AUGAAUAUUUGUGAACACUGUGGAUAUCAUUUGAAAGUGAGCAGUUCAGAUAGAAUCGAACCUGAUGAAAAAAAUGGGAUCACUUCUUAUGGACUCGUUGAGAAUGAUUCUGAUCUAGUUCAUGGCAUAUUAGAAGUAGAAGGCGCUCUGGUGGGAUCCUCACGGACAGAAAAAGGUUGCAGUCAGUUUGAUAAUGAUCGAGUGACAUUGCUUCUUCGGUCCAAACUAAGGAAUCCCUUAAAUAUGAUUCAAAAAGGAUCUUGUUUUAUCGUUGAUCAGAGAUUUCUCUAUGAAAAAUAUGAAUCGGAGUUUGAAGAAGGGGAAGGAGUCCUCGACCCGCAACAGAUGGAGGAGGAUUUAUUCAAUCACAUAGUUUGGGCUCCUAGAAUAUGGCGCCCUUGGGGCUUUCUAUUUAAUUGUAUCGAAAGGCCCAAUGAAUUGGGAUUUCCCUAUUGGGCCAGGUCAUUUCGGGGCAAGCGGAUCAUUUAUGAGGAAGAGGAUGAGCUUCAAGAGAAUGAUUCGGAGUUCUUGCAGGGUGGAACCAUGCAGUACUAG